AUGAUGGACGCGUUGUCGGUGGUGAGCCAGUUGCGGGAUCUGGCCUCGGAGCCCCAGAACCGAGAGGCGAUCGUGCAGGACCAAGGCUGCCUCCCCGGGCUGGUCCUCUUUCUGGAUCACCAGAGCCCCCAAGUGCUGCUCGCCACUCUCCAAACCCUCCGCUACGUGGCCGAGUUGUCCCCCAACAUUCCCACCAUGAAGAACGAGCUGGGGAUGAUGGUGAGCCUGGAGAACCUUACGACGAGGGAGGAGUUGUCUGUCGACAUCAGGGAUUUGGCGAAGGAGGUGUACGGCAUUCUCUCGGCGCCUCCUCGCCCUGCCCAUCGCACACCUGAGAGGGAAAGGAGAAAAAAGUCACAGUUCUUCCUGAAUUCGUCCAACAAGAAGGCCAAGUGUGUCACCUUGCACAUUCAGGGCCUGGACAGCGCCGACCAGCGUGGCCUGUGCGAGGAGGCUCUGCUGAAAGUGCGAGGCGUGAUCAGCUUCACUUUUCAAAUGACCUCCAAGAGAUGCACCGUGCGCAUUCGCUCCGAUUUGCCCACCGAGAAUCUGGCCUCGGCCAUCGCCGCCACCAAGGUGUUGACUGCCCAACAGGUGGUGAAGAACGAGGCGGGGGAUGAGGUCUUCAUCCCCCUGAGCGCCUCGGGAGCGGCGGCGGCGCCACGGGACUCGGCCCUGCCGGACUACCUCCCCGAAGACGAAGAGGAGAAGCCGGAGGAGGCCCGUGCCGUGUCGCGGGCCGCCGCCAAGGACGACGCCAGCGGCAGCUGGCUCAACGCCGCCGCCGGUUUCCUCAGCAGGACCUUCUACUGGUGACGGCCGCCUCGCCUCACCAAUUUCCUGUGGACUGCUGCAAAGGCGCAAACAUUAUUCCGUGAACGCCUUUCGAUGUUUCCAAAAGGCUUGAAAAGUGUCCGCUUAGUUCCUGUAAAUAUUUUGAUUUCAUUAUGAUCAUUCAAGCUUUUCUUUCAAGUGUCUUUUCUUGUGCAUUUCAUCACCUCGUUUGCUGAGAGCGCCUUCCUUCCUUCCUUCCCUCAAAAAGAACUGGUGUGUUGGUAGCACGCUUAGGUUUUGCGGACGGACAUCCGCACCCCAAUUAAUUGUCACGGUCAUGUUCAACUUGGAAAAACAAUAAAGGCCCCACCUCAAAUGAACAAUUAAUGAAGAGUGAGAUGUUUGCAUAUUUCAUUCAGAUGCAACGGAAAUCAAAAUAAGUUGGAGCAAACAGAGAAGGUAACAUGUCCAAGAGAUUUAUUUUCAAAUAAUACAGCUGGAGUAGUUUCUUAUCUUUGCUCUGCUCAUUCUUAGUAAAAUAGAGUGACUCUCAUAUAUUAGUUCUGGAAUGGCUUCGAUGCUCUUCUGUCAGCUCGAUUCCUCACCGUCCACGUAGGCCCGAGUGCAAAAAGUUAUCGUCUUAAUUUCAUACAUGGUAAGGCGUCCGAAAAUAAUUAGCAGCACGUGUUCCAAAAUUUCCCCCCGCCGGACCAAAGUUAUGAGAUUUACAUCAAGCCAACCAAAAGUUUGCUUUCCAGCGAUUACGUUCCAGUAAGUGGCUCAACUAAGAAAACCAGCAACAAUCCGAGUUCAACCCGGCGAGCAUCUUAAAUACGUGAGGAGACACAAAGCGUCUCUCGCGACAUUUCUGUACGCGUUCAAACCCGAUUUGCCGACGCUGGCUGUCCAACAAGCGAGGAAAAAAAAAAAAAACUGAAUUAAAGACUUUACAACUCAUCUGGGUUUGCCGUCGUCACUGCAGUAAA